AUGCCACUAGCUAAAUGUAAAUCCCGAAAAAAAUCCAUUCCGACGAUUAUCGACGUUGUUCGUCCUUCCUUACCUACCAUCACAAAUAAUAUAUUGCCUAAUCAUAUUUUAGGCGCAACAGGAAAUCUAGGAACUCAAGUUGUAUGUCAGGCGCUAGAAGCGUCUUAUUAUGUGACAAUUCUAGUUCGAAAUGAGAAAAGGCUCCAGUUUAAGCGACACCAUUUAAGGAAUCCAAAUUUAGUAGUCUUAGUCGGUUCCGUGCUCUCUCGCGAUGAUUUAAAUCGUGCAAUUCGGGAUCAAGAUGCCGUCAUAAACUGUCUUGGUUCUCGAAUGAUGCUGGCUAGUGAUAUUAAAAUAUGCUCUAAGUCUCAAAGAGUCAUCAAUCAAAGCAUGAUGGAGAAUAAAGUUCGUAGAUUGAUUGUCGUUGGUUGUGCUGAAAAUCAAAAAGUUUCUAGAUUUCAAAAGUUUUUUAGCUGGUUUACUACUAAAGGGAAAGUAUUGGCUGACAAAAAGACUCAAGAGUCAAUCGUUAAACAAGAUACGGAAUUUAUUGAUUGGACAAUAGUUAGGCCUGGAAAAUUAUAUGACG